AAGUUUAGAAAGAGUGUGUGAGGGGAGCAUUCAGAGAGCCCCGUCCCAUGAGGGAAGAAGAAGCAUAGGGGGGAAGGUGUAUUUAUUUAUUCAGCCUUUUUUACUCUCACACAACCCUUCAUUUUCAUCAACUAUUUUUUUUCUCUGAUGUGGAUUACUUGGAGCUGACUCGCCAGGAUUAAAAAAAAGGAUAUUGUGUUUUUACUGAAAGCUAUGGUGGCUUACGAUGAACUGGGUAGCUUGGUGCCUAUCAAACGGACUUUGCAAGUGAUAGACAACCAGAACCAAGCCAACAAAGAGUCAGAGGAACCCAGCAACAAGCGUGUCCGUCCUCUCGGCAGGGUGACGUCGCUAGCCAACCUCAUCUCUCCGGUGAAGAAUGGGGCCGUCCGGCGCUUCGGCCAAACCAUCCAGGCCUCCUUCCGGGGCGAUGGCAAGUCGCCGGGCGUGCCCCAGAAGCCUUGCAGCAAGGCGGCGGCCCCCACACCGCCCAAAAGGAGGAACAGCACGUUGUGGUCGGAGACUCUAGACAUCCACCAGAAAGGGACUUUCUCCACCAAAGAGAUCAAGCGGCAGGAGGCCAUAUUUGAGCUGUCUCGUGGAGAACAGGAUCUGAUCGAGGACCUCCAGCUCGCACGCAAGGCGUACCAUGACCCAAUGCUGAAGCUCUCCAUUAUGUCAGAGGAGGAGCUUACUCACAUAUUUGGAAACCUGGACGCCUACAUCCCUCUACAUGAAGACCUCCUUGCGCAGCUCUCAAAAGCCACAGGGCCAGAUGGGACCGUGGGCCAGAUCGGACAGAUUGUCGUAAGCUGGCUGCCAAGGCUUAACGCCUACAAGGACUACUGCAGCAACCAGCUGGCAGCUAAGGCACUGCUGGACCAGAAGAAGCUGGACCCACGGGUGCAGGACUUCCUGCAGCGCUGCCUCGAGUCGCCCUUCAGCCGGAAGCUGGACCUGUGGAGCUUCCUGGACAUCCCACGCUCUCGCCUGGUCAAGUACCCAUUGCUGCUCAAAGAGAUCCUGAAACACACUCCACCAGAGCACCCAGACUCCGCCAGCCUGGAGGAAGCGAUCACUGUCAUCCAGGGCGUGCUGUCUGACAUCAACAUGAAAAAGGGAGAGUCUGAGUGCCAGUACUACAUUGACAAGUUGGAGUAUCUGGACGACAGGCAGAGGGACCCUCGCAUCGAGCAGUGCAAGAGUCUGCUGUGUCACGGGGAGCUACGCAACAAGAGCGGCACGAAGCUGCACGUGUUUCUGUUCACUGAGCUGCUGGUUCUGACCCGCCCCGUCACCAGGAAUGAGCGCCACUGUUUCCAGGUUUACCGGCAGCCGAUCCCAGUGCAGGACCUCGUGCUUGAGGACCUGCAGGAUGGAGACGUCAGAAUGGGCGGCUCCUUCAGAGGUGCUUUCAGCAACGCAGACAAAGCCAAGAACAUUUUCCGCGUGCGCUCCCAUGACCCGAGCCAGGCACAGUCCCACACACUGCAGGUCAACGACGUUUUCCACAAGCAGCAGUGGCUCAACUGCCUUCGCAGCGCCAUCUCCGUCCACCGGCCCCUCAGCGAGCCCUCCACGCCCUCCCCACCUGCAAGCGACGCCCGCUCCAAGCGCCGUCCUUCCUCUGUCUCCGCCAUCGUCCACAUGGAGGAAGCAGAUGAGAACUGCCCACAGCCGACCUCUCAGUCCGCCCCCAGCUCGCCGUGCAACAGCACAACCCCCAGCCCCACCACGACGUCCCCUUCAUCCCGUUCCUCCUCAUCCUCUUUGUCAACGACAUCAUCUUCUUCAUCGACGUCGCCGCUCUCCUCACCCACAGUACACAAAACCAAAAAGGACAAGAAGUCUCUGUGUUCUUUAGGGAAGAGAAAAGAGACUAUGGUGUGAACUGAGGUGAAAGGAGAAAAUGGACUCCUGGGCGGACAUUGUUUUGUACAGAAGUGUUAAAAAACACAACGUGGAGAAGCGUGGGACUUGUAUUUAUGUGUGUCUGCGUGCGUGCGUAUUAUUACAACAGUGUUCUGUGUUACUGUCCUCUUCGGCAGCUAUUUACCUUACCCCUCCAUCCAAGUGCACCCCACAGAGACACAGUAUUCUGGAGAAAAGUGCACGGCUUCCACCAGCUCUAAAAAGGGAAGCAUAACGAGAGGCAAACACACAUUUCACACACAAAUCUGUGUGAAAUGAGUUUGUUGAUUUCUUGAAGAUCGAGGUGGUGCAUUCAAUCCUGUUUACUAUUAAUUGUGAUAUUUAAACAUUAUUUUAGACCUUACGGAGGGGCUAAUGAAAGAUUUACAUUUUUAUAUUCUAAAAUUUAUUGUAGUAUUUUUUUAGGUAUCAUAAAGCAGCACUGUUUUAGCUUUUAGGUGAAUUUGAGCAUGUUUAGCAGACAAGUAAGGAAAAGAAUCUCCAAAAAAGAGUGAGAUGUACUACACAAAGCUUAAAAUGUUCUGUACAAGUCUGAUUUUUAGAUUAAUCAGAACACACGUCUUAUUUUUAUACAUUCCUUUAAUGACGGAUGUUAGAAUCGGGACAC